AUGCAGGGCUUCACUGACUUUUGCUUUAUGAUUCUUCAAGUUCUUAUGUGUAGAAACCCAGAAAAUGAAAGUUAUCUUCCAAAAACAAAUAAUCACAGAAUCACUUUUUUGAAUGGAGCUCAUGUCUGUCUGUGUUCUAAAACAUUAAUUUAUGUUUUCCAUUGUUUUGCAUGGAAGACCUUUACAGAACUGAGUCUGCAGCGAAUGCUGGGAACUAACUUAAAUGCAUCGUUGUACCUUGGAAACACUCCUUGUUAUGCCUUUUCCUUCCUGACAUCCAAAAUAAAAGCAAGUAUAUGCUCAUGUGUACAAACCAUAUGUUUGACUUCCCAAAAUGGUGACUAG